AUCUACGUACCGUAUUUUAAAUUCACCUCAGUCAUGUAUUACACCACUUGUACAAUGUGGGCUAUGCUCAGAACUCAGAAGAAUUGUUUGGCAUUGGCCCACAGCUGCUUUUUGCAACUUCACCCUUUCGAUGGCGGCAAAGCGAUCAUAUUUGCACGCUGGAACAUUGCCACCGACCCACUGAGCGGAUUCUCUAUGCCUGCCUAAGCCUCAAAUCGCAGAAUGAUAUGAAUUUACUCGUAAGGCCAUUGUAGCCGUAAACAUUUUAUGAUUGUUAUCACCAGUUAAAUCGAUUAACUUGAUAUAAUUAAUGUAUAAUAUAUUAUAAUAUAAUGUUACUCGUACUUCAUGAGGAGGUAUACCUACUUGCGAAUUAAUAGUGGGUCUAUUCUAUUCUUGUGCCAGUCUUUUAAUUUCCACAUACGACGCAUUAUUUUUUAUUUGGCUGAGAUAAGUGAUUCUAGGUCUCCCUUCUUCUCUUCUGGCACAAGAAAGAAAUGAUUGGCGAUUGCUCCACCGAUAAGAGCAAAGCUCUUAAGUUAUGAUGAUGAUGCUAUUCUAUUCGCAGUGUUGUGUGUAGAAUCAGAAUCUAUACUUUUCCUUUACAUAGAGAUUGGUAAAGAACAUUAUUGUCAAGGCGAGUAAUAGGUAUAGCAAUUUGCAUAACAUUUUGUCUUUUUGUAUUUGAUUCACUGCCGGAUACCCGAUUAGCUUCUCUUCGCUUCUUCAGUUUCAGUUCAGUUUCAGGGAUACAGCUCCGUAAUAGUUCACAGACCGGUCCGGAUGUCCGUCUUUGGCGUUUACCUAACUGGUGAAUUCGCGGAUCAAAUCUGGUUAGCUAAUAAAAUAAAAUAAUCGAGACAACAUAAAAUUGACAUACAUAGUUAUUGUUCUGAUAACAAACUCCAAAUAUUUUGCCACGAUUAUACAGUCUAAAUACGAUUUUUUUUGAAUUACCCUAAGACGUGGAUUAUACAGCCAAGGAACCGUGAAAUUUUGUUAACCUAGUGUAUUCCAUAUUUACCUUCAUUAGCCAGAGAUUACAAGUGCACAAUGCUGUUGAGAUUUAACUUUUAUUCGACAUUUUUCACAAUCUGCAUCAGUGUAUUGUUAAUUCUUGCUGUAACUCGAUAUAAAGACAACACAAAGCACCGUUCAUGUCCAGAGAGGCCCAGGAAUAGUAACAACUUCCUGACGGUAGGAGAUGAAGAACAAUGGAACAACCCGCACGUCGCCUCACCAAACAUUGACGAUAUACUCCAGGAGACUAGAGUGAAAAUUGCAUUAGAGCUAUCGAAUUACAACUUCACAAAUUCAGCGGCAAAAAACCUGCAGGAAUUACUGCUGGAAUCGGGGGGGCAGCCUCUACGAAGCCUCGUUAUAUCAACGUGGAGGUCUGGCUCAACAUUCCUAGGUGAUAUUUUGAAUGCGAUGCCUGGAAACUUCUACCACUUUGAGCCAUUUAUGAAUGUCAAAGUAUAUCAGAUCAGAGGCCCACCGGAAGCAGAAAAAGCAAUAAUAACAGUCAAGACCUUGUUCAAAUGUGAUUUCGACAUCUUUUUACACGGAUAUUUGGAAGAUUACCUUCGUAAUAAGGUGGUACCAUGGUACCAGUUCAGACACAAUGAUAGAUUAUGGAAGCACGUUAAAUACCACAGAGAUCUGUUUUUCGAUCCUAUGUUCAUUUCUAACUUUUGUAAGUUGUUCCCUUUCCAAAGUAUGAAACUGGUGCGCUUCCGGCUACGACUGGUGCAGGAAGUCCUGGAUGAUCAUGAUCUCAAUGUAAAAGUGGUAUUGUUGGUUCGCGACCCCCGGGCGGUCAUGCAGUCCCGACAAGGCAAAGGCGUGGAGUUCUGUAAAAAAACAAGCCCAGAUUGCUCUCGGCCCGAACUGCUCUGCGCUGACAUGAUAAGCGACUAUAUAGCUGCGAAAAAACUUCAGCAUCAAUACCCAAACCGCCUUGUGGUACUGCGUAUGGAAGAUUUAUCUUUAGACCCCAAAAGCAUGACGCUCCAAUUAUUCAAGUUCUUAGGCCUCAGCAUGACGCCUGAAGUUGAGCAGUUUCUGGCCUCGCACACCACCCUGCAGGUGGGGGGAGCCUACGCCACCUUCAGAGUGUCCCGCGAUGUACCGUUCAAGUGGAAGAAUAUUUUACACUAUGACUACGUUGAGGAGAUACAGACGGCAUGCAAGCAGGCUAUGGAGUUGUGGGGAUAUCGCUUGGCGCACAACGCUACGCACAUGGCAAGCAAGGAGUUUUACCCACUGGACACAUUCAAUUACUCAACGGUUUUAAGAAGCAAAUAAAAAGUAACCUUUUUUUUCA